UUGGGGGGGAGGGGGGAAAGAUGGCGGAACUGAUGCUCCUCAGCGAGAUUGCGGACCCGACGCGGUUUUUCACCGACAACUUGCUGAGCCCGGAGGACUGGGACUGCACCUUGUACACCGGCCUGGAUGAAGUGGCCGAGGAGCAGACGCAGCUCUUCCGUUGCCCGGAGCAGGAUGUCCCGUUUGGCAGCAGCAUACUGGAUGUGGGCAUGGAUGUCAGCCCCCCUGAACCCCCAUGGGACCCCCUGCCUAUCUUCCCAGAUCUUCAGGUGAAGUCUGAGCCAUCUUCUCCCUGCUCUUCUUCGUCUCUCAGCUCCGAAUCAUCGCAUCUUUCCACAGAGCCCUCCAGCCAGGACUCUGGUGUAGGGGAGGUGCUGGUUGUGAAGAUAGAGUCCUUGGCACCCCCACUUUGCCUCUUGGGAGAUGAUCCAACAUCCCCGUUUGAAACCGUCCACAUCAAUGUGGGCCCCACCUCUGAUAAUCCCUCAGAAGUCCAGACCAAGCUAGAACCUGUCUCUCCAUCUUCCUCCGUCCACUCUGAGGCUUCCCUGCUCUCAGCAGAGUCCCCCACCCAGCCUUUCGUAGGAGAGGAGGUCCUGGAAGUGAAGACCGAGUCCCCAUCCCCUCACGGGUGUGUCCUGCGGGAUGUCCCAGGGCCCCCACUUGGAGCUGUCCAGAUCAGCAUGGGUCCAUCCCCCGAUGGCUCCUCAGGCAAAGCCCUGCCCGCCCGGAAGCCACCACUACAGCCCAAACCUGUGGUGAUAACCACCGUCCCAGUGCCACCCAGAGCCAUGCCUCCCAGCACCACCGUCCUUUUGCAGCCCCUUGUCCAGCCACCCCCAGUGUCCCCAGUGGUCCUCAUCCAAGGUGCUAUUCGAGUCCAGCCUGAGGGACCGGCCCCCCCUGCCCCCCGGCCUGAGAGGAAGACCAUUGUUCCCGCUCCUAUGCCUGGGAACUGCUGCCCGCCUGAAGUGGACGCGAAGCUGCUGAAGCGGCAGCAGCGAAUGAUCAAGAACCGGGAGUCGGCCUGCCAGUCGCGGAGGAAGAAGAAGGAGUACCUGCAGGGGCUGGAGGCCCGGCUGCAAGCCGUGCUGGCCGACAACCAGCAGCUGCGCCGUGAGAAUGCUGCCCUCCGGCGGCGGCUGGAGGCCCUGCUGGCCGAGAACAGCGAGCUCAAGUUAGGGUCCGGAAACAGGAAGGCGGUCUGCAUCAUGGUCUUCCUUCUCUUCAUUGCCUUCAACUUCGGGCCUGUCAGCAUCAGUGAGCCUCCUUCGGCUCCCGCCUCUCGGAUGAGCGGACAGGAGCCUCGACCCCGGAGACACUUGCUCGAGUUCUCAGCACAGUUGCCGGUUCAUGGAGUUGAGCCCCGCCAGGGCCCCACGGAGCCCCAGCCCAGCCCCGAAGGCCGGCCAAGUUUCAGGAACCUGACAGCCUUCCCCGGGGGUGCCAGGGAGCUGCUGCUGAGAGACCUGGACCAGCUCUUCCUCUCCUCUGACUGCCGGCACUUCAACCGAACUGAGUCCCUGAGGCUUGCUGACGAGCUGAGUGGCUGGGUGCAGCGCCACCAGAGAGGCCGGCGGAAGAUCCCGCAGAGGGCCCAGGAGAGACAGAAGUCUCAGCUGCGGAAGAAGUUGCCUCCAGUUAAGGCAGUCCCCACCCACCCCCCUGGGCCCCCAGAGAGGGAUUCUGUGGGCCAGCUGCAGCUGUAUCGCCACCCAGACCGUUCGCAGCCAGAGUUCCUGGAUGCAAUUGACCGACGGGAAGACACAUUUUAUGUCGUCUCCUUCCGACGGGACCACUUGCUGCUCCCAGCCAUCAGCCACAACAAGACCUCUCGGCCCAAGAUGUCCCUGGUGAUGCCAGCCAUGGCCCCCAAUGAGACCCUGUCGGGCCGGGGGGCCCCUAGGGACUAUGAGGAGAUGAUGCAGAUCGAGUGUGAGGUCAUGGACACCAGGGUGAUCCACAUCAAGACCUCCACGGUGCCCCCCUCGCUCCGAAAACAGCCGUCCUCAUCCCCGGGCAAUGCCACAGGUGGCCCCUUGGCAGCUUCCACAGCCAGCCAGGCGCACCAGGCCACCCGUCAGCCCCUCUACCUCAAUCAUCCCUGACCCCGCCUCUCACACUCAGUUAGAAUGGGGGGGCAGUGACCACGUGCGACUGUUCCUAAUUCCCCUGAUCCCUGGGCUUGGGCGGUUGGUAAGAGAAGGACAUAUGCAGAGGUGAGGAGGUUCACCACUCUUCUCACCCCUUUUUGGAAUAUAGGGCUCUUUUCGUUUCUCUGAACCCCUAGUCCCUGCUUCUUUCUUUGACGGUAUUGAGUGAGGGUAAGGUUUGGGGUGGGUGGGCCCUUGAUUCUUUUGCUUCUCUGUUUUGGGGGUGGAGAUGGGAACUUAGUCCCCAGGCGGGACAGGGAUGUUUUUGCAUUUUGGAGCUCGUUUCUGGGAGUAAAGGAAAGGUGGUGGAGGGAGAUCAGAUUUAUGUAUGUGCAUAUCUUUAAUUAUUAAAUAAACAACUUGGAGGGAGUUAAAGGAAUGGUGGCUGCCUUCCUG